AUGCUGCGAAAGAACCCGGGCCGAUUUGACUACCAGGUGUGGUUCCAGUCCGCAGAAGCUGAGGCAGAACUGUCUGCAGAUCCGUACUACACCGUGAAGUGCACGAUAAGGGGAACUGGAGCAGAUGAUGUCAAGGGCUUCUUGGAGGCCGCCGACCCGUCCUUGGUGGCCCAAGCGCCCACGGUGAAAGGCGGACUUCUUAAAGGUUUCCCACCGAAGGCUCGCUGCCCACGAUCGGAGAUUCUGACAGAAGAUGAGCUUCGAUACUACGGCGCCCAGUUCUCCCGAUCUGGCUACUUUGGGGCCUUGAGCUGGUACCGGAAUGUGGAGCGAAACUGGAGAUGGAUGUGCUCCACAGCCGGGCAGAAGGUACUUCAGCCAGCUCUUAUCCUCACAGCCGGGCGAGACCCAGUGCUCAAGGCAAGCAUGGUGGAGUCGCUGAAGAUGAAGGACUGGAUCCCAUCGCUCGUGCACCGGCACAUCGAGGAGAGUGGCCACUGGGUGCUGCAGGAGAAGCCUGCAGAGGCCAACAAGCAUAUUUGCGACUGGUCGAGGAGCCUCCUCCACACGAGGCUGGCGCAGAAGGACAGCCCUGCGGUAAGUGCCGAGGAGGAGGUGCCCGAAGAGGCUCCGCCUGCAGAGGUCCAACUACAAGCUCUGAGUCCUCACGUUCUGCGGCAUGCGGAAAACAUCCGCAUCACCAACGAUUCGCUCUUCCCAGCGAACGUACGGCUUGGCCUGGCAUCUGCUGGCGGAGACUUUGCCGUUGGGGACGACAUCAAAGGACCUUCGCCUUUUAUUGUCGAGCCAGACAACAUCAAGCUGGGUGUGAACCAGGAUGCUGAAGUCAAGAUUUGGUGCUUUCCGCCGGAGAAGGGUGUCUACAAUGACCGAAUCGUGGCGCGCAUCGAACACAAUCCCGAGCCGGUUGCCUUCAACCUUUGCGCUGUUGGAGAAGUGCCGGCCCUCUCUUUGGAGAAGGAAGAGGUGGAUUUCGGCAGACUGAUGAUGAACAUCCGUGCCGACGAUCAGCGGGUGAAAAUCAAGAACGAGAGCUCAGUGCCUGUGCGGUGGCAGCUGCUCUGCAAGGAGUCGAAGGUCCUUGCAGAGGAGAAGACUGAGAAGGUGGAGGGCGAGGAGGGCGACGAGGCACCACCCGGUCCACGCCUUCCGGAGGAGCUUGGCGUCGAACCAACAGAGGGCCUGUUGUCCGGCAACGAGGAGCGCGACAUCCGCCUCAGCUUCCGUUCCGCCAGGGCCGCGCAGUUCAGCGCCUCGCUACUCCUGGAGAGCCGCGAUGCGGAAGGCUUGAACAGCUGGCAGCAGGCCGCGAAGCUGAGCGUGGCCGCCGAGUCCUUUGCCGUGGAUGCCGUGAUCGAGCCCGAUCCACGGGAGGUGGCAUUGGACUUCGGCACCGUGCUAGUGCAUAGCAGCGUGCAGCGCACUUUCGACAUUGUGAACCGUGGCAAGUUCCCAGUGCGUCUGGCACUCAGUGGCUCAAAAAGAUACUCUAAGACCAUCCUCAAUGUUGUAGCUAUGGUCGAGUUCACCGACCACUGCAGCGUGUCCUCCGUGUGGUGUCGCACAGAGCGAGUUGCACGCGAACUCUCCACCCGCAAAAGUGGCUACGCCAUCCUUGUGGAGAGCGCCGUGCACCAGACCGUGCUGUGGGCAGGACUAAGCAUGAGGGAUGCACCUGGUGAAGGAAAGUUUACGCUAGAUGGCGACCGGGAGGUCAUCGGUCGUAUUGUUACUCAGAUGGUUUGGUCCAAGCUUUUCUAUUACCUCGAGCAUCGACAGUUGCACAACUACCGAUUCCUUCUGAACGCACAAACGGCGCAGUAUUUCCGUUCUCUUGACGUGGAGCCCAUUGACGGCCUUGUUCCGGGAUUCCACGCUGAGACCGACCCGAGUGUUGACUGCAAGGGCUUCAUGCUGGAACGUUUCCUGCAUCAGAACUGCUUCAGGAACAUCUUCGAGCGGGAUGCUGCAGGGUGGCCGCCCAUUUGCUUUGCAGCGAUGAGCAACAACGUCGUUGUGCUGGAUGCUCUUCUUGACCGAAAGGUGGAUAUCAACCAGGCUACGACCAAGCCCGCAACAGAAGUCAAUCUUCCUGCGAAGCUAACGGCUCUGGGAAUAGCUGGCCUACUGAGCAACAAUGAAGCUGUCGAGCUGCUUCUUUGCGCCAGAGCUCACGUGAACUACAAGGACGGUUUUGGUGGCAAUGCUCUCCAUAUCGCGUGUGCCGGGGACAAUCCACACGCAGUACGUCUACUCUGCCAUGCUCGUGCCAACGUGAAUCAGCAGGCCGGUCCAGGAAUGAGCCCUUUGAUGAUCUCAUGUGCAUGCGGAAGUCGGCGUGCCAUGAAGGAGAUGCUCACUCUGAAUCCAGAUUUGAGUUUGCUACACUGCCUACACGUUGCACUCAUGUUCGCUUCAUGCGGUUCUGCCGACUUGGUUUCCGAUUUGCUCGAUGCUCGGGCGAAUGUGAAUGAGCAGUUCCGAGUACAGAUCCAGGAACCCGGGUGGUGGCUUCUGAUGAACUUCAUGGGUCUGAGGCAUCGGGUAAGCUCUUCCAGACUGACUCUGCUGGCUUAUCAUCAUUACGAUGCUACGCCGCUGAUGUUCAGCAUUCUGAGUGGCUCUCUGGAUGCUGUGUCCUCCUUGCUGUCAGCUCGAGCCCAAGUAGACAUCCAAAAUUACCGCAAGAACACGGCAUCUGAUCUGGCACGCCAGAUGCUCGCGCCAUCGUGGUUGAUCGAGGUCUGUUCUACUAAAGGCCAGGAAGGCACCGAGACCCUUGCCCAGAGCGACACGUUUUUCCUUUGA